GGCGGGGAAAUCAAUAACUGGGUGGCUCGCAACUCCACAUCACUGUAUUUAUUGAAAACGCAUCCCCCAGUACGUCUAUGAUAGGCGCCUGUAAAUGUAUGAGAAAUGAUGAUUUCUCAUCGAGUAUUUGUGUACCAUCGAAAAGCCUGAAAUUCAGCUGAACAAUUCAACGAAAGAGGUAGGCUUUCUCCAAUUUUCUUCAUCCAUUGAUGCUCUCUCGAUGUCCAACGCCAAUUUGCACAAUCAGCAUUGAAAUCAACAUUGGAGCCUAAAUAUCCAGCAUGGACGGUCCAGGUCUGGGCUACUCCUAUCACUUACCUUCAGGGGGAUGGAAUCUGAAGAUCAGGAAUGCCUUGACUCAGUUCAGUGACUUGUUCAGUGAAUUCAACAAGUACAUAGCUCCAGCUUAUCACCAUGACAGAUGUGAAAGGUCAGUACCAAUGCGUCUCUAUUCCAUGCACAAAAGAGAGUUCGUGAUGGUGUUCGUAGCAUUUUUUGCGUGCUUCGGAUUAGCUGUGUUUAUUGGACUAGCUGGGCCCCCCAUUACCUCGACUGCUGAGCACAGAGCAAGGUUGAAUGGCACUGAUAUGGCGACUGGUCCAUUCGUCAUGAAAACCCCAGCACUGUCCACAUACAGUCAGCAGUUGUGGGUCAUUGCUAAAUUCUCGACUGCAAAUAGUGACGACGAGAGAUAUGAUAAAACAUUUCAAGUGAGUGUUUCCAUCGAUGGAAUUAGUCCAGAAGAGAAACUCGUGUCGAUCCUCUCGGCGGAAUCAGGUCAUAAUAGAACGAGACAUUUGAAGUGCGAACGCCAAACGUGCGAAGAACUUGUUGUAGCCCAUCUAGGCUCCCUGGAUUACACUCAUUACAUAAUUACAGUUCGUUUUUACGGGCUUGAAGGCUUCCAUCAGCGCUACACAAUUCGAAACCUCACGUUCUACUUUAAGAACUACAAUCCUGCCUUCACGCAGAUCGAAAUAUGGUUCAGGCUCAUUUUUCUGUUGGCUGCUUUCGUCAUCACGUGCUGGUUUGGGCAUUCAUUGAGGAAAUACCCUGUGACAGACUGGUCCAUCGAGCAAAAAUGGAUCUCUAUACUGCUCCCAUUAUUAAUACUCUACAACAAUCCAUUAUUUCCGCUGAUUUUCUUAUUUAAUUCUUGGGUACCAGGAAUGUUAGAUGCCAUAAUGCAAACGACAUUUCUCUGUGCCAUCCUCAUGUUCUGGCUGUGCGUUUAUCACGGCCUACGUCAGAAUGAACGAAAACUAGCCACAUUUUAUCUACCAAAAUUCUUGGUGAUAGGCUGCCUCUGGGUGGCGGCCCUCAUUCUCGCUACCUGGCUCAGGUGCACCGAACUCGAGGAUCCAACGUACAAUUACGUCCUCGAUACGUCUAACUAUUAUGGACUGAAAGUAUUUUUUUUCACUGUUGGGGGGGUUUACAUCGCGUAUCUCGCACUGCUGAUGCUUCGUGCUUACAGUGAACUCCGUUCCAUGCCAUAUUUUGAUCUUCGAUUACGCUUCUUAACACUCCUUGCUGUCAUCGUCGCAGGGGUCUGCGCCCUGGUGACAGCUAGACAAUUCGGUGCUGGUGUCCUCGAGGACAGUUUUGCAUCACGAUUGUCCACAUAUUACAGAACAUCAGCCCAAUUUAUGGCACUUUAUGGACUGUUGAAUUUUUAUCUUUACACCAUGGCCUACGUAUAUUCACCAGGAGUUCAGCAGGUCUACGGGCAACAUUCAUCCAUAACGAAAGACAAUCCUGCAUUCUCGAUGAUCAAUGAUUCAGACGAGGAAGUGAUUUAUGGGUCUGAUGAGGAUAGCAGGAGACCACUCACACGAGCUCCACGAAAUGCUGAUGAUAGUGAUUGAAAAUAAACAUAUGCGAAUUUCAUUUCAAGGAAAUUCAAAUGAUUAUUAUCUCAUGCGAGGGAUUCUGUGCUUAACGGACAAUAUCAAGCAGUGAUAAAUAAAAUACAUGUGAAUCAUGAAGUUUUGUUAUUGCCAAUACAUCAAGAGAUGUUUUAUGGGACUGCUAUCUAAUUGUAAAUAAGGUUGAGAAUAAAGUUGUGGAUUAGAUAGAGAUUAA